GAAAAACCUCCGGAAUCGUUGUUUAUGAAAGAAUUGAAGAGGAGGGGCAUGACUCCUACAUCAUUGCUUGAGGAUUACAAGCAGGGCAACUCUGGAGUUGACGAAGAGGUGGUUGUGAAUGAACAAGAUAGAGGUCUCCCGAGGAGAAAUGUUGUCUCAACCAAUGUAGAGAGGAGUCUAGAAAAUCAGAGGGAGCGAUCCAUGGCGUUGAACAGUGAAGGUCUUGAGGGAUUGGUCCCUCGCGCUAAACUUCUGCUGUCACUUGGAGGAACAUUUUUCUUGGGAUUCGGACCGUUGAUCCUCAUAACCGUCGCAUUCUUUUUAGCUCUUUACUUGUAUUUUGGACCAACCUUUGUCCAUGAUGCAAGCAAGAUAUCACUAUCACCUCCCCAAUAUGUGGAUCCUUAUGCACUCUUAGAAGAUGAAAAAAGGAUAUCUCAGAUAGCACCUCAGCUAAAAUAA